CAUGAGAUCGUUAAAGAGUCAACUUGAUAUGAUUAGACCUGAAUAUUAUAAAUAAUCAGAAUAAAUUGCGAAUUUGGAGAAGUAAUUAACUGGAUAUCAAAAUAUUGAGAAAGACAUGAGGGAGUUGGAACAGAUGCUACCACAAAUUUCCACUUUCACAACCUUGUUUGUUGAACAGAAUGCUCAGAUAUUAGAAUUGCAAGACUUGAUAACUCUACAAAAUAACAUUAUUGACAAAGUGCUAAAUAGGAAGGAUUUCCCGUUGAAUAAUUUAAUUUUGGGAAGAGAACCAAAAAAGACGAAACAAUAUACUAAUGAUUUACCUUUUGAAUCAUCUCAAAAUCUUGACAAUCUAAUUAAGUAGACGAGAUAGUAAGUAAAUGCAUUAACGGAGAGAUUUAUUCAUGAAUUAUUAGUAUGA